GUCAGCAUGGAUAACAGCAGCGGUCCUUUCCUCCUGCCUGUCCCGCUCCUGCUGCAGAACUCGAGCAGCCCCAAAGGCUCCAGCCCUGCUGCUGGCUCCGAGCUGGCAGAGCCCCCGGGACCCGGCUGGGGCAGGAACCUCAGCGUGGCCCAGGCCGGGCUGAGGCCGGGGGAAAUCGCCGCUGCCGGCGUGCUCUGGGCAGCGCUCUGGCUGAUCUCCGUGCUGGGCAACUUGCUGGUGUGCCUGGUGAUCCACAGGAGCAGGAGGACACAGUCCACCACCAACUACUUUGUGGUGUCGAUGGCGUGCGCGGACCUGCUGAGCAGCGUGGGCAGCGCGCCCCUGGUGCUGCUGCAGCUGAGCUGGGGCCGCUGGGUGCUGGGCAGCGGGGUGUGCCGGCUGGUGCGCUACCUGCACUACCUCACGCCCGGCGUGCAGAUCUACGUGCUCUUCUCCAUAGGGGUGGAUCGAUUCUACACCAUCGUCUACCCCCUGAGCUUCAAAGUGUCCAGRGGAAAAGCCAAAAAAAUGAUUUUGGCCUCCUGGAUCUGCGGGGCUCUCUUUGCGUCACCGGCCUGUUUCCUCUACGGCUCCAGCAGUGAACACCACUGCAACUUCUUUCUCCCCGAUUCUUGGCAAGGAGCUGCCUACGGUAUCACCCACCUCUUGCUGGUGUUUUUGAUUCCAGCCCUCCUCAUUAUCCUUUUUUACCAGAAAGUCAUUAAAUACAUUUGGAGAAUAGGCACAGACGGAAUGACCGUCAGGAGAACGACGAAUAUUGUUCCAAGAACAAAAGUGAAAACCAUCAAGAUGUUCCUGAUGUUAAACUCGAUAUUCUUCCUGUCCUGGCUCCCUUUCUUCACCACACAGUUGUGGCACCCACAGGAAACAGACUACAGAAAGAGCUCYUUGCUUUUCCUGGCUGUCACMUGGAUCUCSUUCAGCUCCUCAGCCUCCAAACCAACCCUCUACUCCAUCUACAACGCAAACUUCAGGAGAGGGAUGAAAGAGACUUUUUGCAUGUCUGCCAUGAAAUGCUACAGAAGCAAYGCGUACACCAUCACCACCAGUUCCAGGAUAGCAAAAAAAAACCAUGUUGGUAUUGCAGAUAUUCCAGCUACGGCCAAAAGUGUCACCAAAGACUCCACCUAYGACGCUUUUAACAGAGAAGCCAAGGAAAGAAAGCUUGCCUGGCCUAUUCCAUCCAAYCCCCCAAAUACCUUUGUCUAAUGAGCAUCACUGCUUUGAAAAGUUACUCUGUACCCCCAGAAGAAGGAGCUUUCUCUCCCUUUUGAACCAAUGUACAGUUAGGUAUUUUUAACACAGCUUUUAGGAAGGGAAUAAAGAGAUGUUUUA